CUGGGUCAAGGGGCCACUGCCAGUGUCUACAAGGCACGCAACAAGAGGUCCGGUGAACUGGUGGCGGUGAAGGUGUUCAACGUUUUGAGCUACAUCCGCCCCCAUGAUGUCCAAAUGAGAGAGUUCGACAUGCUCAGGAGGCUCAACCACAGCAACAUCGUCAAGCUGUUUGCUGUGGAGGAGCUGAAUUCUAAGCAGAAGGUGCUGGUGAUGGAGUACUGUUCUGGAGGGAGUCUGCUCAACCUGCUCGAGGAGCCAGAAAAUGCCUUCGGCCUGCCGGAGACGGAAUACCUGACCGUGCUGCAGUGCAUAGUGCAGGGUAUGAAUCAUCUGCGAGAAAACGGCGUGGUGCACCGGGACAUCAAGCCCGGGAACAUCAUGCGUCAGGUCGGAGAGGACGGCAAAUCGGUCUACAAGCUGACAGACUUUGGGGCAGCGAGAGAGCUGGAAGAUGAUGAGAAGUUCAUGUCGAUUUAUGGAACGGAAGAGUACCUGCACCCAGACAUGUACGAACGCGCUGUGCUGCGUAAACCUCAUCAGAAAUCCUACGGCGUGAGUGUGGACUUGUGGAGUAUAGGGGUAACCUUGUACCAUGCUGCCACUGGGAGACUUCCCUUCACGCCUUUUGAAGGACCCCGCAAGAACAAGCCCACCAUGUACAAGAUUACAACGGAGAAACCAAUGGGAGCCGUAGCUGGCGUGCAGCGAGUGGAAGGCGGACCGAUAGAGUGGAGCUACCACCUACCUCACAGCUGCCAACUCUCACAGGGUCUGAGGGUGUUGCUGGUCCCUGUCCUGGCCGGUAUCAUGGAGGCUGACCAGGAGAGGUGCUGGGGUUUCGACCAGUUCUUCACAGCCACCACAGACAUCCUGCAGCGACAGCCCGUCCACCUCUUCUCCCUGCAGCAGGCGGCGGCCCACUGCGUCUACAUACACCACUACAGCACUGUGUCGGUGUUCUUGGAGGAGGUGGCGUCUCAGACUGGUAUUGGCAUCCAGCAGCAGCACCUGAUGUACCUGGGCCAUGAACUGCCCCUGGAGGGCAGCAUGAAGGUGGUCAACCUCCCCAGUACAUCAUCUUCUCGGCCUCUAAUUCUGCUGAGCUACGCGCCUGAAGCCCACACCAGCCUGCCUUUCAGAGAGCCUGAGACUCCCAUCAUCCCGUCCAGGUUUGACGUUUUGGCAGACUAUAGUUUCUCCAAGGCAAUUGUGGGUGUGGUCCACCAGUAUCUGACGAUUAUACAGCUGCUUCACAAGCACAAAGAGCUGCUACUGGAGGGAUACUACAGUUACAUGUUGAAGCUGCGUGAUGAGUGUAGAGAGGCCAUGCACAUUAUUACAAAGAUCUCCAUUAGAUUGCAGUCCUGCCUCAACACUCAACACAGGAUUCAUAAACUAGGCCUUUACUCCACAGAAAAUCACAGCUCGGGGGAUAGCAAUCAAAAGCUGCUGCAGCUGCAUGAACACCUGCCCAUUUACACAGCUGGAAUCCAAGAGUUCCAAAAGAGGCUGAACCUCCUUCAGAUAGAGCAGGCCAAGCUGGCCGAGACUCUGGCCAACGAUAAGAGCUGCCAGAAGAUGGAGAUGCUGCUGCAGAAGAUAAUGACAAUUCAUCAGCAUUAUCGAAAAGACCGACUUACCGGCAAGUUGGCGUAUAAUGAUGAGCAAAUCCACAAGUUUGAGAAGAUCCACCUGUCAUCCCACAUUAAGAGAGUGAAAUCUCUCUUCAGAGAGGAAUGCGUGCAGAGAUACAAAGAUCUCUUGGCUUCAGCCAGGACAUGGAGCAGCCUCAUGCAAGAAAUGCAGACCCGACUACAGGACUUCACCUCUUUCUCCUCAGACUUGUUUGGAGACUUGGAAAUGAAUGAGCAGCAGCAGACUAAGGCCAUGGACAGAAUCCUUCACACUCUGCAGUCUAAGAGAGAGGAACAGCCAGGAAUAGCAUCCAGGGACAAGGACCAGAUGGUAUCCAGGAUGCACCAUUUAAGGGGAGAAAUGGAGAUUUUGGUGCGAGAACUACAGUGUAACAACAGCAUCAUUGAGAGUCUUGGGGCAGUUAACUCGGCAGCAUCCCUGAAGCUGAAUCCGAACAGGCCCUCCACACUGUGACAUGGAAUGCCACAACCCUGGAUCUUACCUCAAAAAUUCACAUCUCUGAUAAUCAUUUCAUUUAAGUGCCAUCGAUGAACAAUACGGUGGAACAUCUUUUAAGAAACGACUGCAGUCUUUUAUGCAAAGUGCAUGCAGACUAUCAAUGAAAAAGCAUUUUAGUUGGAUGCUAUGAUGCACAGAGAGAUGGGAGAUGACUAUUGAUGGAUUUUUAUUCAGUGUUUGUGUGUGCUGGCUGAGUACAGCAGUUUAAUGCCUUUAGCGAUAUUGGAUUUUUUUAAUGGGCUGCCAUUAUGAUAAACUGAAACUAAUUGAAUGCAUUUCCUGUUUUACCACAGAAUAAGCACUGGCUUCUCCUGGGACUGUAAACUAGCAUGCCAUUUUUAAAUCUUGGCUUGAAAGGUACAACUUGAAGAAGUAGUCAAAUUCAUGCCAAUUCAUUUUUAAAUGCAAUACAAGUUUUAAUCCAGUUAAAUCAAACCAAAUUUUAAAUCAGUCCAAUUCAUACAGAACCUCCUCAAAAAGGAAAAGAUUAGCUAAGGAAACCAACACAUUGCUUUUAAGGUUCUCUUCAAUUCAGUCUUCCAUCCUGAGCUGAACAGGAAGAAAGCUCUUUGAGAAGCAGACUCAGGAAGAGUGGCCAUCUCCCCCCAGCCCCUGGGGGUCGAGAGGGCAGGAAAAGGGGCACAGCAAGCAGCCCAACAACAGGUCAGGGAUGGCUGCUGAGUAAGAGAAGCACCAACUUAGCCUUCAACGGACUCUUGCUGAAAUACUUCGGAAAUUAAAGUUCCCGCCCGUGACUGUUACUUGGGAUUAUAGGAAGACUCAUUUUUUUCUUUUGUACUUUUUAAAAGGUUUUGGUUGCAAAUAAACAUAUAAUAAGUGAUCAUUUAAAAUACAAACUUAUUUUAAAUGUCUUGAAUAAAAAGACUUUUGGACUUCAAAA